AAAGACAUUCCGAACAAACUUCAAACAGAAACCAGUUGAUUUCCAAACACCUAAAGAUAUCAUAAAGUGUUUAUCUGAGGGCACAACACGUUCGGUUGAUUACCUUUUACACAAAUUGACUGAAGACUAACUCACCUGGGGCACGUUGGUUUAUAGUUUCAAUUAGUUGGGAGCCAACUGGGAGGGACCACAAUAUAACGGAGAGAAGGGUGUAGAUAACACGCACUAGACAAGAGAAAGUUAUCACGAUGCUGAAGUGCUUAAUUUUAACUGCAACUCUCUGCGCUAUCGCAUCGGCAGCUGAUAGUACUAUCGAUCAAGAUGCAUACAAUUAUCUACACCAGUUUGGAUGGGUUGGAGAAGGACCUGAUGGGUCACAGGCGGAACCAGCAGCUGUCAAAGAAGCCAUCAAAGCAUUUCAACGUUUUGCUGGCAUCAAAGAAACUGGUAAGAUUGACAAACGAACGGAAAGAAUGAUGGAAAAACCGCGUUGUGGAGUACCUGAUGUGUUGGGAUCUGGUCUGAUGGAUAUGCCAAUAGCAGAACUGAAGCUGAACACUUCCAAUCCUUACGGAAACAAUAGAGCAAGGAGGUACACUGCCGACGGUACAAAAUGGACGAAAAAUGACUUAACCUACUACUACAAUAACUACACACCGGACUUGUCAGGAGUUGCUCAAAAGGACGCCCUCCGUCGGGCAUUCGAUUUGUGGGCCGGAGUUACGCCACUCACCUUCACCGAGGUCAGCUCACUCCCAGCCGACAUUAUUAUUGAGUUUGCCAGCGGGACACACAGUGACGGACCAUGGGCUGCCUUUGAUGGUCAAGGAGGCACUUUGGCGCAUGCGUAUUUCCCUCAGAAUGGUGAUGCCCAUUUUGAUGAGGAUGAGGACUGGACAGUUGGUGUAGAUCGUGGCAUUAAUUUGUUCAUCGUCGCAGCCCACGAGUUUGGACAUAGCCUUGGACUUGGUCACUCCAGUGUCCAGGGUGCAUUGAUGUACCCCUGGUACCAAGGUUAUGUGGCUGAUUACCAACUUCCUAAUGACGACAUCAACGGAAUUCAAUACCUCUAUGGCAUGCCUCGCGUCACUCGACCUCCGGAACCAAAACCAGACCCAAAAACAGACGGCCCAGCAAACGAAAAGCCCACAAAGAAUACCUUGUGUAAAGAUUCCGAGUUUGUUAUCGAUGAUAUGAUUAGAGGUCCUGAUGGAAAGACGUACAUGUUUAUGGGCCGAUAUUACUACGAAAUUGAUGACGUGGGUAUCAAAGUCGGUCCUAAGAAAAUCUCUAAACUGUUUCCCGGCGUACCAUCCAACUUCAAUGCAGUGGUGACCUCUCCUUGGUCAAAAAGAACAUACUUCUUCAAAGGCGACAGAUACUGGAGAUUUUAUAACUUCCAACUAGAAUCUGGGUACCCAAAGAAGACAACUGAUACCGGUAUACCCAAGGGUCCAAACGCAGCGUUCGUUUGGGGCGGUAACGGCCAAAUGUACAUAGUCAAAGGCAACAAAUAUUACAACUUCAACGAACAAGAGCAAAAGGUAAUCGGCGCUCCAAAGAAAUUCAAGGCUUAUUGGAAAGGUGUACCAACUCCAAUUGAUGGUGCGUUCCAGUGGAGGAACGGUAAGACGUAUUUCUUCAAAGGGAGGAAAUAUUGGAGGUUUAAUGAUAGUGCACGUAAAGUCGAUAAAGACUACCCAAAGAAAACCAAAACUGCCUGGUUUGGUUGUGGGAGUUCAGACGCGAUCCCAAGUCGACUUCAACAGGCUGGGGCUAAGCAGGAAUAAUGGUUUAGCCUAUUGAUGCUUGGUAUCAACCAAAUAUCAUAACUUGGACAUAACCUAUUAAUGUAACAUUCCAGGAUAUAAGUGGCUGUCAUUUCUAAUGGUUUACCACUUUUUAAAUGUUUGAAUUUGCCAUAAAUUGUGCUGACUAAACAUUUUUAAUCAUUUUUUCUGAGUAUAAUGAAUAAAUGAAUGUGCAUUAUUAUGUAAUAUACAUUGUAAAUUCAUCACAUACCUCAGUCUAAGUGCGUAUUAUCAAGCAAAUACUAUAGUUGGCUGGUAAUUUUAAAUACCGGUACCUUUGUAAUAUCUGAUUUAAAUAUAUUGUUUUAUCUUUAUAUAAAGCAAUUAAUUAAAAUAGAGUGUAAAUAAUGUAGUUUUGGGUGACCAGCAUGUACAGUUUUUGUAGUUUUGAAUCGGAUAUUGAUAAAUUAAUAAAUAAAAAACAAACCUAUACU